AAGAAUUUAUUUUUCUUCUGAGAAAAUCAAACCCACAAAUUUCUAUUUAAGACCCAACAAUUACCUUCUCUUCCAGGGGUUUUGUUGUUUUCAAUAAAUGCUAUAUUGUGAAUGCUGACCUCGCUCACUUCCUCAGCCUUCCCAUUUCUGGAUCUGAAUCUCCUCUCGCAGACGCCAUUCACGGGAUUAGCAACUUCAGCUUAUAACUCCAACGGCUUGGACUUGGAUGCUGCCGUGUUCCUCUUCCUCCAACCUCGCAGGUUUUCUUCUGCACCUGCUCUUUAGCUUGCUUUACACAUGAAUAUUCCAUCUUUUAAUUGUUAACCUACAAUUUUUAUUCUCAUAUAAAUGAGCUUCUGGAUCUAGCACAUUGUGGGGAAUGUUUGGGAUUUUGAUCCCAACUCUAUAUUUAUUUUAUUUAUUCCUCUCUUUUUGAGCCAAAUGAGGUUGUCAAUUUGUGGGUUUCGUGUGUACUGUGUAGAACAUAUAUAAAGUUUACUUCUUCUU